GAGAAUUUGGGUUCUGGAGUUUGCCUUGCUGCCGAACCGUGUGCAACCACGCACACUUAUUCUGUGGGCAUUGCUCCCCUGAGCACCCCAUUUAUUCACCUAGCUUUUGAAAACCAGAAAUCUUUUUUUCCUGCGACUAGGAGGCUCUCAGGUUUCCCUACCUACACUCCACUGCUGAAAGCCUUCUGUUCCACUCCUCUGCACACAUAGGUCAUUCUUUUUCUUCAUUCAUGUCAAGGCAUUUUGCUAAGUUCAGUUAUAAAGAAGCAAAAUAGCAGUUUUCUAUGAGCUUUUAAUGAAAAUGAGAUGCAGGUUUUCUAAAUUUUAUUUACACAUAGGUUUAGAUCAGUUAUGGUCAGCACACUUUCUUUUAUAAUAAGUUUUAGUACGACAUAUAAUAUUGCACUUUAUUGAUCUUAGUUUUUGGUUGGUUUGGUACGGUUUUUUUGUAGCCAAUCUGUUUUCUUCCACAGACUUUUGUGAACAUGAGUGGGGUUCGGCAAAUCAAUUUGUUCCAGGGUCAGGCUGCCGUGUGUCUCGCCCCAUCUGCCUGACUGCCUUAGAUUAGAUGUACUAUCUGAGAACAAAACUGAGUCAGGACCCGAAAAGGAUAAGAUACAGCAUGUAAAGCAGUCCUAAAAAGGGAUUGAGGAGAUUAAGGACUCUCAUUCCUGGGCUCCAUCAUCUACAGCUCAGCUGUUUCAUACAGCUGCUGGCUUAGUCCCUCAGGAGAUCAGCCCUGCAGGAAGAUUAUAUAUCACAAGCACAUGGUGAUUGCCCCAUGUUAUCAGGAAAUAUCUAAUGACUAAUUUGGACCCUUUUCCAGAUACAGCUUGGUAACAACAUCCUUGGAAGCAUCUAGCUUUUAGCUUGGUCUUAAAAGGAAGCUACAUGGUCAGCUUAGGAGCAGCCACUAAUUAGAAACCUUCACUGAGAUCCCUUGAGAUCCCUUGAGAUCAUGGAGGUGGAAUCACCAUUCUCUCCAGGUUAUAGCCACACAAGCCUUGGACUGCACGUUUCCCAUAUGGUUGUACUGAGGAAGUGCUAUGUUCUUUGCAGGAAGAAGGAUUUGCCCAGCUGCAGCAAACUGAGGCAACAAGCAGGUAGGACAGUGCAUAAUCUGCUUCGGGACAGUGCAAUUAUCGUUGGCAGAUCCCGCUCGGAGUGGAUGUGCAGGGCAGAUCACUCAUUGUCACUCGUGCGCAGUCAGAUUACACAUUGCUCUUGGACAGUACACAUGAGUAAGGACAGCUUACGUGACAGAACUUGGCUUUAUGCUUACAUGACUGCUCACAAGAACUGACCCAUCAGACUCAUUCCACAGUGGUUACUGCUGAGGAAAUUCCAGAUGUCUCCUGGGGUCUGGAGUGUGAGGCUGUUUUUAGACAAGCAGCAGCAAUGUGUGAAACUCUGCAGCCAGCUCUUCCUCAGAGCCAUGUGCCAAGAGGAGCAGCCGUCAGCUCAUGGACAUGCUGUGGUGCAGCAGAUGGUGCAGAGCCUGGUCCUCUGAGUCAGGGCUUGCACAAACAGGCCUGGAACAAGGGAAAUGGGUGUCUUUGGGACUAUUGCAACAUGCAAGACCAUCUGCCUAAGCAAGGCAUUGUACCUGCAGAAUUUAGAUUGCUUCUAGCUACCUUCUGUGGGAAUGUGAGCAAGGUCUCUUCAGUCCAGAUGACAGCAGCAGCAAGGCUGAGUUGUGGAGGAACUCUCUUCAAUUGUACCCUUUGCCCUGUCUCCUUUCAGCACCUUUGGCAAAAUUCCUUUAUCAAGUACAGAAAAGAUAGGGAGCAGAGAGCUUAGUUUUUCCUUGCCUGCUGCCCUAUCUCUUUCAUUAUGCAUAAUUUUCCAUGCACUGAGUGCAGGUGGAACAGAUAGAAUCAUGAAAUGGCUUGGAUUGGAAGGGGACCUUGAAGGUAAUCUUGAAUUAAGUUUAAAUUAGUUACUGUGAGUGGUGGUGUCAGUGUAGCUGGGGCAGACUCACCACAAGGUUUGUAUUUGCCUCACUGAAGGUCCCGUUCAAGCCACCCAGCUCUUUAGCAGAAGCUGCUGUGUGAAGAUAGGUCGGGAUUAUGUGAUUCCGUGCAAUCUCUCAGUGUCCUUAGCCUGGGUCUUGGGGUUACUGGGACACAGAAACCAGUCCCAGCUCAGGCAGGCCCUGAGUAAGUACAUAAAGAGAAUAAACCUCAUGGCUCAAUUGCCUUCCCAUUAUCCAGUCCUUAAUUCAUUACAUGCAGGAAGUGAUUUGGCUGCUUUGUUUCAGACUUUGGCUGUGUGCCUUUCCACAGCAGGUAUUUAUUUGGCUUGGCACCUGUAGUGGGAGCCAUUCAUUGGCAGCAGGCCCAGGAGAGUACAAGACAAUUAAACAAGAGAUGUCUCACUUCAACAAGUGAGGACUUCUCCUAAGUGCACGAGAAUUACUUUGGAGGAUGUGUCCCAGAUACAGGUGUAAAGGUGAACUUUCAUCAUGGCCUUGAAACCAUUUAACAUGGCCAGUCUCUGAAGGAGCAGUCUUAUUUCCUCCAGGGUUUUGAUUAGGAACGAUUUAUGUUCUGAUCUGUAAAAUGUCGAGUCACUGCUACCUAGUACUGACUAAAGUCAGGGUAUGGACUGCUGAUAUCCUCUUAUCUUCAUCAUGUCAGCUAUACCAGUAUGCUUCAUAGUAUUCCUUGGUUAUGAUGGGGUGCUGCUCCCUAGCACCUAUGAUUCCUCCUGUGGAUCCAGCUCUGUCAUGAAGUACAAACAUAUUUGCUGGAGUCUGAAACCAAAUUUCAAGCUACAGUUUUGUGCAAGGUAAGUUUUAUAUCUAUCAGAUGCUUUAUUUCCUUCAAUUUCCCUGUGUGUUUCUUAAGUUUUGAAAUUUCUCCAGUCCAUAUGCCCUUGAAAAUAAUACCAGAAGAUGUGAUAGAUUGAAGCGUCCUGUUGUUCACCUUGUGUCAUGGAGAAUCCCAACUCCAUUUUGCCAGCUGCAUCGUGGCACACGCCACACGUUUUUGUGUGCUCAUUUCUGUAACACCUUUUGAGAUGUGAAAAUUCACAUUUAAAAUAAUUAUCUAUAGCAAAUGAUGCUCAUUAUCUUCCCACCCGCCUUCCUGGAUCUUCAUUGAACUUUAACAUUCAGGAGCCCUUAGGUUUUUUGUUUCCCUUCCCCAGAAUUACAGUUCCUUCACCCGUGCCCACUUCUGGGAAUCAGAGCAUGAAAACACACACACUGUGGAUAGCUGAAAGGAAUGUGUUUGUAUUACUCAGGCAUUACCUUGGCAAAUAGAACCUGUUGUCUCUGAAAUAUGUGUGUUUGGCCAUCACUUCUCUGGUUUUCGGUUUCAGGUGCCAGCUGACCUUUUCUGAGAUGUUUGAUGGGACUACAGAGACUGUGGUUUCGCUGUCACCUUACUGAGUGGGACUCCUGGACACACAACAAUUCCCAAAAAGGCUUUGCUGUCAGAGGUGAAGUACCAAAGAGAGAAGAAAGCAGAAAAUGAGGAGCUGGUGGCAUUUUUGACUACAGGGAUGCAGACAUUGUCUCAGGUUUGGUGUUGGCCCUAGAAAGAAAGAAGAUGGGAAAAGAAGUUAUUAAAAAUCAACCAUACAACAGAAGCUAUUGAUCUAUGAUUAUGGAAAAUUGGUGACACCUAAAAAAGCAGCUCAGUGGUGCAGUACACAGAGAUUCAUCUCUUCUGAGUAAAUGAAGAAAGUGACUAUGAAGGCACAGCAUCUGCCUUCUGUUUUCAUCAAUGAAGAGAAGUUUGUAACCAGAGAGCAGCUCAGUUCUCUUCUGAAGAAUUAUAACUCUUACUAUUCAGAUCAAGAGAAUCUGCAACUGACAUAUAAUCAGCGAGAAGGCAGCACCCCAUUCAUUGAAGGAAUCCUCUCAAUAUUCUGGGGUGUGCGACAUCCUAUCCGAUUAAAGAUCCAGGAUGAGAAGCAGAUACCCUCUUUUGUGACCCUGAAGUCAGCAGAGAAUGUGGGGGUUUUCCCUAGUGAAAGGGGAAUGACUCGCUGGGGAGAGUUUGAUGACCUCCAUCACAUCAGCGGGGAUACACUGAAAUCUCCUGAGGAACAGCCAGACCUCGAGCAAAGUUAUCCAUGCUAUGAAAGUCACACGCUCAGGUGCAGGAGGGAGCAGGAGCUUGAGUGUGCCACCCUGCCCCGGACCAGCAGCGACGCCACGGCCGUGCGCAGGAGGACCAAGCUCCCCACCAUAACCAGGACAGAAGUAGAAACUCACAGGUUCUCUAUCAAUGGCCACUUCUACAACCACGAGACAUCAGUGUUCACUCCGGCUUUUGGGUCCGAAACCAAAAUAAGAAUCAACAGCCAGAUGAGGACCAGACAAGUGAUAGAACAGUUGCUUCGGAAGUUUAAGAUAGAAAACAGCCCCCAUGAAUUUGCACUUUACGUUAUCCAUGCAUCUGGAGAAAAGAAGCAGCUGAGGAGUAGAGAUGUUCCCUUGCUGCACAGGCUGCUGCAGGGGCCCUCUGAGAAGGUUGCCAGGUUCUUUCUCAUGGAUGGGGACGUGGAGGAGAUCAGCAGUGAUGUUGCUCAGUACAUUUCAUUUCAUCUUCCCUUUUUGGAAUCCAUUCUGCACAGAAUAAAUGAAGAGGAGGAGCAGGAGAUUCAACAGACAACUGCAAGGUACAUAAGAGAGAAGAGGCUGAUACUGCAGCACCUUCGCAGUCGAAGUGUGAAGAAAACAGAGACCACGGUGUGAUGGGCCAGCCCCGGGAACACUGGGAACACUGGGAAUGCUGGGGCUGCUGGAGGGCAGUCCUUGCUGCCUUCUGGGGCUGGUGGAGUGCCCAGUGGGAGAAGUCUCUCCUCACCUUUAACUCCUGCAGCGCUGGGGUGCAGGCUGGAAGCAGCCACGGAGAUGCACUACAUCAGAUGCUGGAUCUGACUUGGAACAUGGGCAAAAACUCCCCUGAAGAGCCCAAGGCUUUAAAUCCUGCUGAUGUGUGACCUGGCACCAAGAGGCUGGCGUAGAAAAAUACUGCAAUAACCAAUGUGCUGGUAGAAAAUAUGCAAACUAGGAAUGUGGUUAUCCCUCUGUUAAAGAAAUAUUGUAUUAUAUUAGCAGAAAGCUUUUCAGUAGAGCCAAGUGGCAGAAGAUAUUUAUGUAUUUAAGACUGCAGGUAGAAUUUCCAUUUAAGUUAUGAAAUAAUCUAUGCAAGAUGCCUGAAAUCCACUGGCUUCAGGCUGGUGGGUGCUGAAACUGCUUGAGCUUUGAGCUGCUGUUAGGAAAACAUAACUGGAAACUCUCCCCCUUAGGAGCUGCUUGGCUCUUAGCAAUGACAGGGAAUUUAUUGCUGAAAUACCUCGUGAACUGCAAAGUAAGAACUGACUGAACACUGUUGGCUCCUGAAAGGCACCUCGGUGGUUUCUGUAGUUGGAACCAGAGGCUGUGUUCCUGCCUGUGUGCUGUUUGGCAGGCAUUGAGGGUGCUCAGUGAGAGGCUGUGUUACAGCCACGCAGGGCUGCAGUUUGCCCCCAGCCCCACGCAGGGCACGGCUCCCAGGUCCCUCCUGGCCGAGCUGUGCUCGGUGUUAGAGCUCCAGCUGCAGAGAUGUCAGUAAAAUAAACCUGUGCACAGCUCCUUGUCCUCCUGGGCAGCUGGUUGUUUUGGCUGGUGUCUGCGCCUCCCCUCAGCUGCCUUUGUCUCAUGCAGGUGACAGGUACCUGCGAGGGAGGGAAGGCAUGUGCAGAACGUGGUGCCCAGAGAUUGGGUGGAGUAAAUCAAAUUGGAAAACUUCACACUGCUGGCGUGUGAAUUCAGAAAGUGGAGGUCAAGGUGCUGGUAUUGAAGCUGCUCAGGUUGCAGCAAGUGCCUUAUUUCAAAGUACAGUUUAUUAUCCUGCCCAGGAAAAUGGUUAGGGACAAGGGAGCACAGAGGGCAGAAAUAAAAACAAUUCACAGCCAAGAGGCAGGAAUUAAACAGGCCAUUUCUGUCACCAUCUGAUGUUCAAGACUUGAAUCCCCUUCAGUUCUCUUGUCUUGCUGAGUUGGGACUGUCACUUCUGUGGGACAGCCCUGGGACAGCACACAGGGCUGGUGCUGCUGGCCAGGACUACAGGGAGUGAAACGAAGCUGUGACUCCUGUGGGCUUGGUUCUUUCUGAGGGCUGUGCUGUCUAAAUGAACUGUUCCUGACAAAUACAGGCAAGAGCAGGGGAAGAAUUUCUUCCAAGGUAUUCUGGUUUGGACACGAAGCCAUUACCCACAGAAACAGUGAUUACAGUCUGUAUCUUACCUGAAUUUGUACAUUGAGCUCAUUUGCACUUACACUUCAUAAGCGUAGGAUUUAAAAUGCCUUUCUUUGUUUUGUUCUGUGACUGUUUGGGACAAUACAGUAACAUUUCACACCAGAAGAUGGUGGCCACAGCCAAACCCUGAAUUUCCAUCACUUGGCUUAUUGUUUCGGUGGAAUUCCUCGCAGGGAUUCAGCCUCCCUCUGAACCAAAUGUGGCUUUUUGCCACUUGGUUUGCUGUAAAUGCUCCCCGUGCUGUUUGUGUCACUUGCCCAGCGCGGACCUUCCCAUGAACCGUGCAGCUCCUUCUGCCCACAGCAUUUUCUCACUCCUUUCGAUGAGUUCCGGACCCUGGAAAAAGGAAAACCCCUGGGAUCAGUAGUGCCAGGAGGGUGACUGAUGUGUCUGUGACCUGUUCAGUGAGCUGGCAGCAGCGGGGCCUGUCCUCUGACCUUGGCACAGCACGACACCGUGUGCAGGGCACAGACACAUCUGUCACUGCAAAUGCACAUUUGGUUUUGCUGUUCAGCUGAGCUGGCCUUAGACUUGGUCAGAAAAAUACUGAAAUGCAGUUCUGGUAGGAAGAACCAGAAUAAUCCUUUGGGAAUGUGCUGUUCACAUCCAGGGGUGAAAAAAAAUAUUAAUAAAAGAGAAUUCCUUCUGUUGUCACAUUUCAAGCCAAGACUUGGGGAAAAAACAUAAUAAAAGCUUACGGGUCAGGGGUGGUUUGUUAAGGAAUAAAGAGAGAAGCAGGGAAGAUGGGAUUUACUGGAGGGUGGAGAGGAGCCAAGGCGGCUCUGGGGUAUGAAGUUCAGCGGGCUGAGACAGCACAGGGAAGGCAAGAGGGAAACAGAGGCAGAGAAAUCAACAGGGAAAUGCUUUGGCCUAAAAGUCCAUCACACGCGCUAAUUAAUGGGCACGAGAGCAGGAGGCGGCGUUCGGCCGAGCUCGGCUCGGUUCGGCUGAACUCGGAGCCGCGGGCGCGUUCGGCCGGGUUCGGCUCUGUUCGGAGCAACUCGGAGCCGCUCGCUGACUACGGCCGAGCUCGUUCGGUUCGGCUGAACCCGGAACCGCGGGCGCGUUCGGCAGAGUUCGGCUCCGUUCGGGGAACCUCGCAGCCUCUCACUGCGUUCGGCCGGACUCGACUCGGUUCGGCCCGGAUCGUAGCUGCUCACUGCGUUCGGCUAAGCUCGGCUCAGUUCGGCCCAAAUCGGAGCCGCUCGCCGGAGUCGGACGAGCUCGCGUCGGCUCGGCGGAGCUCGGAGCCGCUGGCUCCGUUCGGCGCGGCUCGGCUCGGCUCGGCUCGGCUCCCUGAGGCGGCGCGGGCCGGGCCGAGGCGCUGCCGGGCAAGCGGCGCCGCCUCACGCUGAACACGCCCAGCUCCGGGUUCUGCUGCUGCCGCGGCCCGGCCCUCGCACGGACACGGACGGGAGCGCGGGUCAGGCAGGAGAUCAUUAGGCUGUGACUGCAGUCGCGCUAAUCAAUGGGCACGAGAGCAGCAGCCAGGGUUCGGCCGAGCUCGGCUCGGUUCGGCCGGACUCGGAGCCGCUCGCUGUAUUCGAAGCUCAGCUCGGUUCAGUUCGACCGACCUCGUAAAGUUCACUUUGGUUCGGCCGAUCUCGCGUUGGUUCGGCUUGUUUAGUUCGGUUCGGCUUGUUUAGUUCGGUUCGGCUGAACGCGGUUCCGUUCGGUUCCGUUAACCUCGAUUCGGCAAAUCUCGGCCAGGUUCGGCCCUUCGGGAACGCUCGUGCAUUAUCGGCUGCACUCGGCCGGACUCGGCUCUUCGGCCGGAGAGGAGCGCUGCGGUGCAAUGGCGCCUGUGGCCGGAGCGCGCUGCGCAGCCUGGGCUCCGUGAGGGCGCGGAGGGCCGGAGCAGCCGCCCCGUCCGCCUCACCCGGUCCCUUGCGCACCGCAGCUCGCCCUGCAGCGCCCUGCGGCCGUCGCCGUGCCGUGCCGUGCCGUGCCGUGCCGUGCCGUGCCGUGCCGUGCCGUGCCGCGCCGUGCCGUGCCGUGCCGUGCCGUGCCCGGGCGCGGUGCUGAGGUGAGGGCCGGAGCGCGGGACGCGUUCGUGCCGGCCCCGCGGCUCCGGGAUCUGCUCCGUGGGAUGAAGGCCCUGCCCGCCCCGGCUGCGGUGCCAGCGCUUUGCAGCGUGAGAAACGAAGUUCGCUCUUGGGAAUUUUUAAAGGGCAGUGUCUGACCCCAGCCCUGGGGGCUGUGUGGGGAUUCCUCCCUGGAGCAGGGUCACCCCCUGAGGAUGAGCCACGGAGUCGCUGGAGCAGGACAGGAAAAUUCAUCAAACUCCUCCCAUCUUUGCCAAAAGCUUUGGUGUCUAAGCAGCCAAAGCCAAGAGGCUUCAGCACCAGGGGUCGGCGCUGGAGGGCUCCUGGUCCUGCCCACGCUGUGGGGCUGCCUGUGCUGGAGCACCCUGGUCCCUGCCGUGCCCAACGCCUGAGACACAGAGAGCCCUGUCCAAAGUGGCCUUUGCCUCCUUGUCAGGAAUUUGGCAGCAGCCCCAGGAGCAGGCUGGAGGAGAAAACCUCACAGCAGAGGCAGUUUGCAAUGGAGGCCAGAGUUGUGUUUGGAGCAGAGAAUGCUGAGAGCUGCAUCUGCCUGUGCUGCCACAGCCUGACAACAGCCACAUGGAACAGCCUGGGAAAAGGGGACAGGGGGAAUUUCUGAUUCCCCAGAAGAACAUGAACUCACAGCCAUCGGGGCCUGACAGUCCCCUCCAGCCAGAGCUCAGCACACAUCCACAGAGGGAAGGGAGAAGAGGAUCCCUGUGGGAUGAGACUGGAGAGAGCGAGCAGAGGAGCGGCCUCGAGCUGGAGCAAGGCAAAGGGACCUCCCUGUGGGCAAAGGGACCUCGGUGCUGUCACCAGGGCACCUGUGAGGGACAGAACAGACACUUGGAGGUCACACAGAGGAAGGAGAUCCACGUCCCUGUCUCCAGUGCACCUCCAGUGGGACCCACCUGUGAAAGCUUUCCACCACUUCUGCACCUGCACUUCAGCUGGCUCCCUGGAAAACUCCAAACAUCAUCCCACUCCAUCCUCUGAUUUUCAGGUAUCUCUGAGGGCUAUUGCUUGGAAUUUAAUAUCUGUGGGGGAAGAUUGCCUUGGCUUUAAUGCUGCUGGUAGAGAAUGGCCCCAGGCUGGAAAGGAGGAAAGGGAUUUGGGGUGGCUGGGAGAUCCCUGGCAGCUGUGUGGGAGCUCUAAACCAGGAACUGCUGUCUGAGCCUCCAUUCCCAGGUAAUGCCAGCUGCUCCUUGGGGUCCUUCUGGGCUGCAGCACCUCCGUGUGCCUGGGCAGAGCAGCCACGGUGCAGGCAGUGCCCUGCAGAUCCCAAGGACAGGAGGUGCUGCUGCCUUUGGGGGCUUCUGGCCUCCCCCUGCCCUGAGGGAACAGCAGGGAACACUGCUGGCAGCGAGCAGGAGACGCCCAGGCCUCUGGGCUAGAAAAUCAGCCCUGGCCUCAGCAGCCUCCAUCGUUUUGGCCUGGCAGCACUCACCUGCAGGAAACGCUCUCUGCCAUUCUCAGAGGAACUUCAGCCAUGGAACAAGGUAACCCUCAGGACUUGACUGUUUCUCCCUGCAAAGGGACGUGGCAUGAGCACAUUUACAGCUGGGUGAAUCCUGGAAAGGACAGAAGGAUCAGGGUUAUGGGGAAGAGUGUGGUGCUGUCAUGUCAGGUGCCAGCAGUUCUGCCUGCAGCCAUUGCAGGGGCUGGCACGUAAAGCAGUGUUAGCAGAAGGGAAGGAGCUGCAUUUCUUUAGGAGUUCUCUUACUGGCAGCAGUCAUUCAUCGUGAUCCUGGGAUUGGCUCAGGUGCUUGGAGCAGGCUGCUGAGAAGGCCAAAAUUCUGUGUUCCACGUGCAGCUGGGCCAGUCAUUGCUCAGUGAUGAUCCUCAUGGCUCUGGAAAUAAAGAAUAAAUAGUUUUCA